AAUAUUUAAGAUGCUGACUUGUGGAGCAUUCGGACUUGGGAAGGAAAGCUAUAGGCUAUCCAUUCAGCUCCCCUGUCAGAGAGUCAAGCUUUGAGAAAGGCUAGCAAAGAGCAAGGAAAAGAGAGAAAACAACAAAGUGGCGAGGCCCUCAGAGUGAAAGCGUAAGGGUCAGUCAGCCUGCUGCAGCUUUGCAGACCUCCAGGCUCCCCUGAAGGAAGAGCCUUCCUCACCCAAACCCACAAAAGAUGCUGAAAAAGCCUCUCUCAGCUGUGACCUGGCUCUGCAUUUUCAUCGUGGUCUUUGUCAGCCACCCAGCAUGGCUGCAGAAGCCCUCUAAGCGCAAGACACCAGCACAGCUCAAAGCGACCACCUGCUGUGAGGAGGUGAAGGAGCUCAAGGCCCAAGUCGCCAACCUCAGCAGCCUGCUGAGUGAACUGAACAAGAAGCAGGAAAGGGACUGGGUCAGCGUGGUCAUGCAGGUGAUGGAGCUGGAGAGCAACAGCAAGCGCAUGGAGUCACGGCUCACAGAUGCCGAGAGCAAGUACUCUGAGAUGAACAACCAAAUCGACAUCAUGCAGCUGCAGGCGGCACAGACGGUCACUCAGACCUCCGCAGACGCCAUCUACGACUGCUCUUCCCUCUACCAGAAGAACUACCGCAUCUCUGGAGUGUAUAAGCUUCCUCCUGAUGACUUCCUGGGCAGCCCUGAACUGGAGGUGUUCUGUGACAUGGAGACUUCAGGUGGAGGCUGGACCAUCAUCCAGAGACGAAAAAGUGGCCUUGUCUCCUUCUACCAGGACUGGAAGCAGUACAAGCAGGGCUUUGGCAGCAUCCGUGGGGACUUCUGGCUGGGGAAUGAACACAUCCACCGGCUCUCCAGACAGCCAACCCGGCUGCGUGUAGAGAUGGAGGACUGGGAGGGCAACCUGCGCUACGCUGAGUAUAGCCACUUUGUUCUGGGCAAUGAACUCAACAGCUAUCGCCUCUUCCUGGGGAACUACACUGGCAAUGUGGGGAACGACGCCCUCCAGUAUCAUAACAACACAGCCUUCAGCACCAAGGACAAGGACAAUGACAACUGCUUGGACAAGUGUGCACAGCUCCGCAAAGGUGGCUACUGGUACAACUGUUGCACAGACUCCAACCUCAAUGGAGUGUACUACCGCCUGGGCGAGCACAACAAGCACUUGGAUGGCAUCACCUGGUAUGGCUGGCAUGGAUCUACCUACUCCCUGAAACGGGUGGAGAUGAAAAUCCGCCCAGAAGACUUUAAGCCUUAAAAGAAGGCUGCCGUGGAGCACGGAUGCAGAAACUGAGACACUUGGAGAUUGGAUGAGGGCAGAUGAGGACAGGAAAGACUGUUAGAAAGGGUAGGGUUGAGAAACAGCCUAUAAUCUCCAAAGAAAGAAUAAGUCUCCAAGGAGCACAAUAAAAUCAUAUGUACCAAGGAUGUUACAGUAAACAGGAUGAACCAUUUAAA